CUCAACUCUCCACACACCACCUUCCUCCUCCAACACUCUUUCUAUCUCUAAACCCAUUUGUUCCCUCUAAAAAAAUCGAAACUUUCCUUCUGGUUUUCUGAUAUUAGGGCUUCGUUCGGCACGACGCGUAUCCGUAAUAUGAGGCCAAUUUGUGAAACAUGUGGAAACCAAGGAUGGAAAGGACUACUUGUAACUUGCUCUAAAUGCCGUAUAGCCUGUGAACACCGUUACUGCAUGAAGAAACAGUCAUUUGAGACCUCAAUCGAUUUUGUAUGUGCUGAUUGUUCGAUGAGGCCUGUUCAAAACAGCUUCGCUUCAGAGUCGAUCAAAGCAGCCCCUAGAAGUCAAAGGGGUAAAGCGCGGGUUGAAUCUUCAAAUCCAGUUCCCAGAUGGAAAAAAAUACCUGAAUCAUCAAAAAUGAAGUUAAUUUCACCAGAGGAAGUCAGAAAACUUUCAUGUGGGGGCACUAAAUCGACUUUUAAAGUACCAAGACCUGUUCCAGCUCGUUCUGCAAUGGGUUUAACAAAACAAACUGUUUGUAUUCCAAGAGCUAGGAGUCUGAAUUCUACAGUGGUGGCUCGCAAAACCAAUCCAAUUCUCCUUCCACCUAAGAAGGUUGAGCCUCCUAGUCCGCAUACUUUGCAGAUUCGUUCAGGAGCCAGACCACAAACUUCCAAUGCACAAGAAGUAGUAGAAGGGUCAAAAUCGAGAGUUGGUGGUGGAGCCAAAGAUCUUGGUUCAAAAGAGAUAUGCCGAUCAAUCUUCUCGGAAAAAAUGUUGCAAUUACUUCCAUAUCGACCAGCUUUGCGCCCCACUUGGAAGGGACGCAUUGUAGAUUCUGCUACACCAUCAGAGUUUAACGGCGAUUUUUGGGCUCAACCGGCUUCUGAAAUCCGUCGGAAGGCUUACAACCUUUCAAAGACGUUUCCUGGCCUACUCAAGGUCGAAUUGGUCCCUAUAGGCAACCUUUUGAAUGAUUUGUAUGUGAACAGAAACCCAGCGCUUUCAGAUGUCGAGAUGUACAUUUUCCCAGAUGACAAGAACACAAAAAGGUUUAAGGAGGAACAUGCUCAUCUCUUUGAGACCAUGAAGAGUCGCAAAGCCAUGAUCAGAAUUAACAUCAAGGACACACCAUUGCUGAUAUUUUCUUCAAAGUUACUGGACAAGGCCUCUCAGAUUCACAUCGAGAUGCAGAAGAAAACAAAGAACUUCCUCUGGGGGAUUUUUCUGUUGACGAAAAAGUCAUUAGCACUUGUUCCAGGGACUUCCAAUCAAGCUGCUCAACAUUUUGAUGAUGGAGAUGUGGUUGACGAUGACUCUAACUUCAGACAGACCGAUCUGGGAAGCAAUUGCAGAGACAUUACAGGGAGAGGGAAUGAUUGAAGCAAGUUGCUUUAUGUUGUCUCAAGGAUAUUGGUAAUAGCUGAUUUGCUAAUCUCUGAUUGUCUUCUAGCUGGGUUGUAAGAAGUAAAGUUUUCAGCCCUUGUGUUACUUUUACAGUUUUACCUCUUGGUAGUUAACUCUAGAUUUUGGUUGCAAA